AUGGUUCAAAAUGUUUCCAGAAAAAUCAUCAAUGAAUUUGUUUUUACAGGAUUUGAUGCUUUAGAAAACCCAAUAGCAGUUGGUAUUGUCAUUCUGACUGUAUAUAUUCUUGUAGUGCUUGCUAACUUGACAAACAUAUGCUUGGUUGUUUUUGAUAAACGUCUACACCAGCCAAUGUACAUCUUCAUCUGCAAUUUAGCAAUUGCAGACAUGCUCUACUCAACAUGCUCAUGUCCAACUACAAUAGGCAUUCUUAUUGUUGGAUAUAAAACCAUAUCUUAUGUACCGUGCAUAUUUCAGAUGUUUUUGUUUAGUUUAGGCUUUAGCAUGCAACUGUUUACUAUUACAGCCAUGGCUUUUGACAGAUUAAUUGCCAUUGUCAAGCCACUGCACUAUCAUUCAAUUUUGACAAAUGUACAUUCUAUUCUUCUUACUUUCUUGCUGUGGAUUCUGGGUUUUGCUGUAUCAGCAUAUAUGCCUGGUACGGUGGUUCCUUUGCCAGUUUGCUCUUUAGCUAUAAAGUAUAUUUUUUGUGAUUAUCCUGCUGUUGUCAGAGCCACUUGUGCAGAUCCAAACCCAUAUUUCGAUUUGAUAUCAAGUUUGUCGUCUUUCCUGAUGUUUGGAACUUUUAGUUUUAUUUGUUUGUCUUAUCUUAAGAUAGUUAUUGUUGUUGUCAAAAUGACCUCUAAAGGUAGUAAGAAAAAAGUGUUUCAUACUUGUUUAAGUCAUUUAUUAGUGAUAAUUUGCUAUUAUGGACCCACAUUUGUCCUAAUAAUCCUGACUAGACUUGGGGUAUCCUUAUCACUUGAGGAACGAAAUGGUCUGAGAGUCGGGGUAAUUCUUGGUCCUUCUUUAGUAAAUCCAUUUAUAUAUUCUUUAAGAAGUAAAGAGAUCAGAAAUAAAAUAUUAAGCAUUGUUUUAAACGUUGAACCAACAGAAUAA